UCUCCUUAUGCCUUAGUCGUUCACAUUUGAGACUUCAUGCUACUAGGUGCAAUACAUGGAUGGCCCUCUUCUUCAUUUUGACCAUUUUUUUGAGCUUUGCUUGUGACCAUGGGGAGCUGCAACUUCCACACCACAAGGACUGUCAAAGUGGAGAAAACUGCAGAAGAAAACAGAAUCUGACAAACUGCCCAGCAGGCUUUUUCUGCCCCGAAGGAAGCAGCACGCCAGUUCCGUGUCCCCGAGGCACUUUCCGUCCCGAAGGAGCAGCACUGACACCACACAGCUGCUUGGCUUGCCCAGUGGAUUUCUUUAACCCCAUGCCUGGCCAAAAAGCAUGCCUCCCAUGCGGCUCGGAGGCAGCACAGCCCACAGAAGGGCAGGAAACAUGCAUCUGUCUUGGGAAAGGCCAGGUGUUUCAGGUUCGUGACGCCCACUGCACAUGCCCUCUGGGUUAUCAGAGCUCUGUGGGUGGCAGAAGUCAUUGUGUCAGAAGAACAUAUGAUGUCUGUCGAGAUUCAGCCUCCCGAAAUCAGGAGGGACGGUGCCUGACCAAGAAGGAAUGGACUCACUAUUGCUCAGAAAAGGUUUGUACUAUUCCCAGGGAUUAUCAAGGCUAUGAUAAGGUUCUUGGCCUCUGCAUCUGUCAAACUGACCGUCUGGAUAACAUCUGUGAUUCUCAGUGUAGGAGGCAACAAAGAGAAACCCUGCAGAUCACCUGUGCAGAGGAAAAUCCUCAGCUUUUUAUCACUUACAGAAAUGGGAGCAAGGCUGCUGUUCUCUUAGAAGAAUUAAGAACGGUUCUCCUAGGAUCAAAUUUCCCUUUAGAAAAUGUCUGCACUUCAGAACAAAGCAAAUGCUCUCAUCCAGCAUACAUCGUGAAAGCAAGUGGGAGAGGAUUUUUAGGAGUGUAUAAUCCUGACCCACAGCUGUUUCAUAACUUCAUCAUGCUGAACAAGGCUUCGUCACUUCACAAAAACAGGUCUUCCUCCCCAGCAGCUCCAGUUAAUUCUGACCAUGAAGAACCCAGAUCUUCCCCGAUACAAAGCCUGAGACCUUCAACCUCCACAUCAAAAAUCGUAUUUAGUGGCAUCUUAAAUCCUACCACGUGCAUUAAUGCUAACGUUACCUUUGUGUUCAUUGUCUCCAAGGAGCAUUACCCAGUUUAUGAUGUGAACAACUUGUACAACACAAACACCGAAUUUGACUGGGCGGACUUUCGAAGACUUGCGGAGGAAAUAAGAGCUGCUUCCCAAACCUUCCUCUUCUUCCUUUUCCAGUUCCAGCACCCUGGUACCUAUGUGUUACAGCUGAGCAGCAAUCAGCACAAAAAAAUGUACAUUAGGGUCCUGCCACCUGGAGGACAGUGUUACGAAGAGGGGCCAUUCUUCCCCACAACUCCCAGAUAUGCUGUGCAGGUGGGCAUUGCCAGACAGCAAGACCUCCUGCUGAAACCUGACUGGACAGCCAUUAUUGGAGUAAUCACAGGACUUCUCACAUUGCUUAUUACCUGCGUGGUGCUGACACUUCUCUGUCAGGGACUUAGCUGGUCACAGAAGGGCACUGCCUGCCCUCCAUUUCGAAGGCAGCAGCUGAAGUACAAUCUGGACAGAUAUUCCUCCAGUAUACCAACAGUCUUUCCCAUCAAGAAGUAUCACCCCUGGCUGCAGAACAAGGGUAGCAUGGAUGCUGACUCUUGCAACACUGGUGGAACAGCCUGCUCCAUGAGAAAGGGUGGCGUUUGGGAACCUGAAGAACAGAUAGACCUUGAGUUGUUUAACACCAACAUUUUCUUUGAACUUUUGCUGAGGCAGUCACAGUCAGUCACAGCCAAACUGGGCCAUUUCAAAGAAGAGGUGAAAACGUUUUAUCGCAAGCUUACAAGUGAAAUAUCUGCACUGAAAAGCCUUUGGAUCAUGACAUUAAAUAUCCCAGGAGAGGUGGAGUCUUAUGAGAGCACAACGAUGGAGAAUUACUUAAAAGCAAAACAGCAGGCAGAAGAAGAGAUGCAGCACAGGAAGCAGUUGGCUGCAGAGUAUGAGGAAGGUGUGAAGAAGCAGAUGCAGUUACUGCAGCACGAUCUGAAGUGCCAGGAAGAGCAUUAUGUCACAUUCAAUUCUGCCCUGCGAGAGGCAGCGAGGUUGGCAGAGAUGCUGACAAAUAAGAUGGCCUGUAAAAGAAGCCCAACCACUUGGUCCCAGCCAGACUGUACAAGCCUGUUAGCCCAGAUAGAUGCUGCAAGCAACAGGAUGUCAAGCUUAAUAAUAACAGAGAGCCACCGCCUCAAAGCAUGGGGAGUGCUGGGUGAAGGAACAGGAGCUCACCUUCUUAACAAAGCUAAAGCCAGGAUCCUUACCAAACAGGAGCUUGUGGACCCAGAUGGCACUGCCCGAGCACCUGAUGUCGUCUCAGUGGAUCCUGUCACUGGGCUGUUAAUUCCCAGCCCGCACUGUGCCGUGCUGCUGGGCAGCCAGUGCUCUGGGCCAAUACCCAGCAACCAUUUCCUGCACCCAGGCACUGGGAAGGUGCUUCACAUAGCGGGCAACGUCGGUUAUGAUCCCAUCAGAUCUGGGCUGGUCUGUACUGUUGAUUCUGCUUCAGGUGAGCGUCAGAAGCCUGAAGUGCCCAUAUUUCCUUACAUUCCUUACCCGGUUUGUCCUGACACUGGCUUACCUGUGAAGACAAAACUUCCAGUCCUGUGUCCUGAAAACAUAUUUGGUCUUGGAGGACUCAUGGCAGAUCCAGUGACAGAAAUAGAAGUCCCAGUGCUUGGGGUUACGAUCCAUCCUCACACUGGGCAAAAGCUGGCUGUUGGUGGGACAUACCUCAACCCCAUCACCAGCACACUGACACCGCUGGAGAUCGGGGGUCCUAUGACAGAGCCAGAGGGAGGCAAGAUUGUUCCGAUCCUCGGGGUUGGUUUGGAUGGUACCACUGGAGAAGUUAUACCUCUAGGUGGGCUGACGGAUCCUUCUGGGAACCUAAUGCUUCUUGGAGAUUCCUUCAUUGAGCCUCUGAGUGGGAAACUUGCCCGAGUACAGGGAGCUCACCUGCAGCAGGACAAGGUGCUGCCCCACGGUGGCAGUUACCAAGCAGUGCUGGAAGCCGAGUGGCUGCUGUCCCAAAGUCGUGUGGUGGAUGCUCUAAAGAAGCUUAAGGCAUCAGUUUUGGAAGAUAGCUGUCUAGCAGCAGACAGAUUGGCAGUGCUAAAGGCUUCAGUAGAAGAUAUGAAGAAGUCUUUCACUGCUAGAUUUUAUCAUGCAAUGCACUGCUUGAAAAGCCUCAAGAAAAAACAAGAAAUAGCUUCAAAGGUCAAGAGUAAUGGUGGGAAUCUAGGUAUGAUCAAAUAUCCGGGCACGGAGAUGUGGAUCCCUGCAGUGUUUGGAAUGAAAAUCCCAGAUCCCGGUGGGUCCAGUUUGAUGGUGCCAAUCCUGGGCAUAGACUUUGACUGGAAUACCAGGCAGCCUUCCCCACUCGCAGGGACCAUGGAAGAUGGAAAUGGAAAAGGCCUCGUCCCUAUCGCUAUUGGUGCCAGAACCAUAAGUCCAGUGACAGGUGAAGUGGGGCCUGUUAUCGGUGCUCAGACCCACCCCCAGACACACAACGUCAUCCCUGUUGUUCAGUCCCUCAGAGCUUUGCCAAGAGCCAUGGAUACGGAGCUGGUAUUACUGCUCAGCUUUGAUAACUUCCAAAAACUCUUUGCUCAUGAUUUUCCACUGCUGUUAGGCAAUUUCAGCUCUUCCUAUGCCCCACAAAUAAUAUUUUCUCGCAGUACAAGAUGAACUGAAGUAUAUCCAUGUCAUUUUACUCGCCUCUU